GCCGCGCUUUGGGCGGCCCGACCGAGCGGCUGGACCUCGCGCCCCGCGCCGCGGCCGCCGCCGGCUUUUGUUGUCUCCGCCUCCUCGGCCUCCGGACCGCGAGCCGCGCGCCGGGACCUUGGCUCUGCCCUUCGCGGGCGGGGGCUUCGCGGGCCCGGCCGGGACCCUAGAGGGGCGCGGGCGGGCUGCUGGGGGCGCCGCCGGCCCCGCCAUGGAGCUCCGGGCCCGAGGCUGGUGGCUGCUGUGCGCGGCCGCCGCGCUGGCCGCCUGCGCCCGCGGGGACCCUGCCAGCAAGAGCCGGAGCUGCGGCGAAGUCCGCCAGAUCUACGGGGCCAAGGGCUUCAGCCUGAGCGACGUGCCCCAGGCGGAGAUCUCGGGCGAGCAUCUGCGGAUCUGCCCCCAGGGCUACACCUGCUGCACCAGCGAGAUGGAGGAGAACCUGGCCAACCGGAGCCGCGCUGAGCUAGAGACCGCCCUCCUGGACAGUGGCCGCGCCCUGCAGGCCAUGCUCGCCACCCAGCUGCGGGGCUUUGACGAUCACUUCCAGCGCCUGCUGAACGACUCGGAGCGGGCGCUGCAGGAGGCCUUCCCCGGCGCCUUCGGGGAGCUGUACACGCAGAGCGCCAAGGCCUUCCGGGACCUGUACACGGAGCUGCGCCGCUACUACCGCGGGGCCAACCUGCACCUGGAGGAGACGCUGGCCGAGUUCUGGGCCCGCCUGCUCGAGCGCCUCUUCCGGCAGCUGCACCCGCAGCUCCUGCUGCCCGACGAAUACCUGGACUGCCUGGGCAAGCAGGCCGAGGCGCUGCGGCCCUUUGGGGAGGCCCCCCGCGAGCUGCGCCUGCGGGCGACCCGCGCCUUCGUGGCAGCGCGCUCCUUCGUGCAGGGCCUGGGCGUGGCCAGCGACGUGGUCCGGAAGGUGGCCCAGGUGCCCCUGGGUCCGGAGUGCUCGCGGGCUGUCAUGAAGCUGGUCUACUGUGCACACUGCCUGGGGGUCCCCGGCGCCCGGCCCUGCCCGGACUACUGCCGCAACGUGCUUAAGGGCUGCCUGGCCAACCAGGCUGACCUGGAUGCCGAGUGGAGGAACCUUCUGGACUCCAUGGUUCUCAUCACUGACAAGUUCUGGGGCCCAUCGGGCGCAGAGAGUGUCAUCGGCAGUGUGCACUUGUGGUUGGCAGAGGCCAUCAACGCUCUCCAGGACAAUAAGGACACACUCACGGCCAAGGUCAUCCAGGGUUGUGGGAACCCCAAAGUGAACCCCCAGGGCCCUGGGCCCGAGGAGAAGCGGCGCCGAGGCAAGCUGGCACUGCAGGAGAAGCCGCCCACGGGCACCCUGGAGAAGCUGGUCUCCGAGGCCAAGACCCAGCUCCGUGACGCCCAAGACUUCUGGAUCAGCCUCCCAGGGACACUGUGCAGCGAGAAGAUAGCCAUGAGCGCCGCCAGCGAUGACCGCUGCUGGAAUGGGAUGGCCAAGGGCCGGUACCUCCCCGAGGUGAUGGGUGACGGCCUGGCCAACCAGAUCAACAACCCCGAGGUGGAGGUGGACAUCACCAAGCCCGACAUGACCGUCCGCCAGCAGAUCAUGCAGCUGAAGAUCAUGACCAACAGGUUGCGCAGUGCCUACAACGGGGACGACGUGGACUUCCAGGACGCCAGCGACGAUGGCAGUGGCUCAGGCAGCGGUGGUGGCUGCCCGGACGACGUCUGCGGCCGGAGGGUCAACAAGAAGAGUUCCAGCUCACGGACGACACUGACCCACGCCCUCCCUGGGCUGUCUGAGCGGGAGGGCCAGAAGUCCUCGGCCGCCAGCUGCCCCCAGCCCCACCCGUCCCUCCUGCUCCUCCUCCUCACCCUGGUCCUCUCAGCGGCCAGGCCCCGGUGGCGGUAACUGCCCCCAGCCCCAGGGACAGCGGGCGGCCAAGGACUGACUUUGCCAAAAUGCAAAACAGACAAUAUUUAAUUCCCUUCGUCCUGGAGGUCCUGAGGCAGGACAGGGAGGGACGUGGAGGGACUGCGGCUCUGGGACUGCCCUGGGGGCGGGGCGAGUGGUGCUGGCCCCCCCAGGCCUGGCUUUGCUGGCCGUCCUGGCUUUUAAUUUUGUAUGAGGCCCUCAGGUCAGCCAGGAAAAUUGUCCCCAAAAGCCAUGUAUUUCAGGGACCUCGGGGAUGCCGGUGGCUGCCUCCCUCCUGCCUGUCGGCCUUUCCCGCCAGCUCUCUGCACCGGGCAGCAGUGCCGAGGCCUGCGAGGAGGCGACCCCAGGCAGGGUCUGCUGGAGAGUGCAAGCGAGCCUGUGCCUUCCUCUCCUGCCUCCUCUGGCUGCGAACUCGGGGCUACAGGCGUCAGAGAGCGAGGCCCACCCCUCAGCGCCCGAGAAUCCUUGCAAGGGCUCAGGGUUUCUGCUGUCCAGGGUCUGGCGGGGCCUCUGAGAUUAUGCAUGAAUCCUUCAGACUCAGCGCGGCCCCCUCAGAGCCCCGAACGUCAGGGUGAGAGCCUGUCUAGUGAGGAUGGCCCUGACAAGGCACUGUCCAGACGGUGUCCUCGCCAAAGACCAGCGAGUCCGAGGACGCAUGGGUGAGCCACAGCCGGCACAGCCACGCUGCCUCUGGGCUCUGGCCAUCGCCAGGAGGGCAGGCCUGGAGCCUCCACAGAUGUGGGCGUCCCCUUCACACAGGGGGCUCACACAGCAGGCCUUGCGGGCUCCACGGCCUGCACAAGGACCUCUGGCUGUGCGGAGGGGCAGCCUGGCCACUGUCCUGUGCCCCCCCCCCCCAUCCCCACCCAGACCCAGGGCCAGGUUCCAGCUCAGGGUGACAGACCAGGGCUGGAGGUGACCCACAGCCUUCCCCUGGCCACUGAGAUGCUAGGUGUCUGGUGAAACUUCAGCUCAGGGCCAGCGAGACCUGGCACUGCAGGCCGGAGGGACACCUGGGUCCCUUCCCUGACCCCCACCAGCUGCAGGGGUCUGGGGAAGCUUCGACAGUCAAGGGCUUUUCCGGACAAGUAUCCAUUUACAAAUGCUUCUCCUCCUCGUUCACCGAGAGCUGCUGCCUCAGCUCCUCCCAAAUUGCUUUCAAAGGACCCGGGCCACCUUCCACGGCCCCAGGAUCUGGGUGUGCACCUGCUUACUCAGGCUGGCGAGGCCCCUCCCCCAGGCCUGGGGCCUCCCUGAUCCUGGGCCCCAGCUGCUGCAGGCCCUGGGGAGGGGGCUGGCACCCUGCCACAGGGGCUCAGGCAGGGAGGGGGAUGGUGGUCCUGGAGGGGCUGGGUGAUGCCGAGCCGCUGAGGCAGGAACAGCAGUUCUGAACGGCACUGGGGCCCUGAGAAGGCCGCUUAGCACUGCUUUGCUUCUUGCCGGGUUGCUGAGGCCUCUGACCGCUGGCCAGGGCCCCUGGCUCAGUCCUUGGACGUGUUGAGUCCAGGGUCCACAGCUCCACCAGGCAGCCCAGGCCCACAGGCACGCCCACCCCAUAAUAACCUGCUAGCACCGGGGCAGGGGCCAGCUGGACUCUCAGGGGCUCUGGGGCAGUGACCACCCCCAUGCUGGGACGGCCCCAAAGGGGCCUGUGCUCUGGCCUGCCCUACACGCUUCCCUGGAAAGGACGGUCCUGCCACCGUCUCUGGCCAGGCAUAGGCCAGGCCUGCUGUGUCCUUCUGCCACACGGUGUCAGCAGGAGACGUGUGUUCUUUGAGCCCUUGUAUGAAUAAAAGGCUGGAGACCUCA